UCGUUACGCGGUAAAAUGUGGUUUCGCGUCACGAUAAUGCUACUCACGUAUGCCAAUCUCGCGACGCUGCCCGCGAACGGUGCUCGCAUACUGGCCGUUGAGACAAUGAGUGGUAAGAGCCACUGGAACUUCAUGAGCGGAGUACUCCGGCCACUGGUGGACAGCGGCCACACCGUCACCGCGUUCACGCCGUUCCCUGACGGCGACCGGGAGAACUACACCGAAGUGGACAUUUCCGGCGAUAUGAGUCGCUUCCAGGACAAGGACUUGAAGGGCGUGAUCGUGAAUUGGAGCGAUCCGAUCAGAACAAUCGAUUUCAUAGCCUCGUUGAGUAAGAAAAAGUGCGAUAUAAUGUACGCCAACAAUCGAAUGAUCGAAGUGAUGCGGCAAAAUGGCAAUUCUCACUUCGACCUGGUCAUUAUCGAACCAAUAAUGUCAGAAUGUGUAUCGUACUUGGCUACUUUGUUAGACGUACCAAUGAUCUACGCGAUACCGCUGUCCAUAACGAGCUUGAUGGAACGCUAUAACACUGGCCAUUUUCCGAACCCCGUAAUCGACUCCCACGUGAUGUCCGCCUACGGCAUGCCAACUACGUUCGUUCAGCGGUUGGCUAAUGCCGCCCUUAUUGUCUAUGGACUGGUCAGCACCGAGUUCACGGCGUCCCGGGUGAAAUGCACCAAUCCCAGGCCGUACGAUUUGGUCCCACUCUACAAACCGUCUCUGGUGUUCGUUAAUGGCCAUCCCGUGAUGACUGCACCGAGUCCGGGGGUUGCGAGUGUCGUCAACGUGGGUGGCAUACAUCUGACUGUGGCUAAGAGCUUACCUAAAGAUAUUUUGGAAUUCAUUGAACAAUCACCGAUUGGAGUAAUUUAUUUUUCAUUUGGUUCUACUGUUAAAACGUCAUCGCUACCUGAACACAUUAAAAAAGCAUUUUUUGAAGCUUUAGCAGAACUUCCUCAAAGAAUAUUGAUGAAAUAUGAAGAAGAAUUGCAAGAUAAACCCAAAAACAUAAUGACAAAAAAGUGGCUACCCCAACGUGAUAUACUACUUCAUCCAAACGUGAAAUUAUUUAUUAGUCAUGGAGGCAUAUCUGGGUUGUACGAAACUAUUGACGCCGGAGUCCCAAUCCUUGGAUUUCCUUUAUUCGGAGAUCAGCCAAGAAAUAUAGACACUUUAGUAAACAAUGGAAUGGCGAUAUCAAUGGACCUGUUUUCCGUAACUAAAGAAUCGUUUUUGAAAAAUGUUCUUGAUCUUCUUAAUAACGAAAAGUACACGAAAAAUGCUAAAUCAUCUUCAGAAAUCUUUAAAGAUCGAUCGAUGUCACCAGAGCAGUCUGUUGUUUAUUGGACUGAGUAUGUUAUUCGUCACAAAGGAGCCCCACAUUUGAAAUCGAAUGCAUAUGCAUUAACUUGGUAUCAAUACUACCUGGUGGAUGUAAUUUCAUCAAUAUUAAUAUUUGUUUUCAUCGUAUUUUUUGUUAUAUAUAAAGUUCUAAAACUAGGGUAUUAUAUAUUUAUUAAUUUUAAGCAAAUUAAAACUUAAUCUGAAUAAAUAUUGCAACCCAUUUUCUAUAUUCAUAUAUAAUAAAAUUAUACUUGCAAUGUGUUUGGUAA